CUUGUUACAAAAGUUUCGCUUAAUUUUCGUUGUGGGCGAAUUUUGAACGUUUAGUGCAGUUGUAACAUUCUAAAUUAGCAGUUCUAGGCGUAUAUGAUCAGUUGCAUAGGUGCUUAUGACUUUAUUACUAUUAUUAUAUGAAAAAAAGAAGCGUAAAGAUGAAUCAGAAACAAUGUUGAGCUUAUUGCGUUUGUUGUUCACAAGUCUCUUGCAGCAGUUAUAACAAAAAUGAACCUGGACCUUCCAUUUCGGCAACACCAGAUCGCAAACAACGUACAAUUAUUGUGUUACCACUAUCAAGAUGGACGUCUCUCUGCUUGUCACAGUUCCAAAGCAUUUGUAACAUUAAUUUAUAAUGUCAUAUACCCCAAACAAACACAUGUGUCAUACUAUAUUAUUUUGCAGUUUUCCCCCUUGAGUUUUGCCUCCAUCUCAACCUACAAAGCCUUUAUCAUGACUCUUGUCUCAUGUGGAACUGCCAGGCCAGGGUUGAAGAAUUCUUAACUUUUUUUUACAGAUCUUAAAAGUGUCGCGGUCAGACCACUAACCUAACUAUUUUUUAAUCCAUGUAUGUAGGAUAUAGGUUUCCGCCCAAAACAGUUCUUUUUGUGCUCGUGCCCCAGUAAUCAGAUAUAGAUAAAGAUGACGGAUGACAUUGAUGUAGAAGCUAUGCUGGAAGCUCCUUUCCAGAAGAGCAGUGAAAAAGAAGCGAAGAAAAAGAGCGAGAAAAAGUCCCGAAAGCGAAGCAGGAGCCGAUCAAGGAGUAGAAGCAGAAGACACAGAAGAUCGAGGUCCAGAUCAAGAUCCAGGGAUCGGAAGAGGAGCAGCAGAGGUGGGAAGCGGAGCCGUUCUCGUGAGAGGAGAAGACAUCGAUCUAGAUCGCCGAGAAGAAGUCCGAAGAGAGUCUCGCCUCCCAAACCGAGAUCACCAAGUCCUCCCGAUCGAGAUGCGAGGACCAUAUUCUGCAUGCAACUUGCUCAAAGGAUUCGGGUCCGAGAUUUAGAAGAGUUUUUCUCAUCUGUUGGGAAGGUUCGCGAAGUAAAACUUAUCCAGGAUAAACAUUCAAAGAGGUCAAAAGGCAUCGCGUAUGUUGAGUUCAAGGAUCUCGAAUCUAUUCCAUUAGCGCUUGGGCUAAGUGGGCAGAAGUUACUUGGAGUUCCUAUCGUAGUGCAACCAACACAAUCAGAGAAAAAUAAAAUAGCAGCUGCGCAGCUAAGUUUGCAGAAAGCAGCGCUUGGGCCCACAAAGCUAUAUGUUGGUUCAUUGCAUGAAAACAUCACAGAAGAAAUGAUCAAGGGGAUUUUUUCGCCGUUUGGUCGAGUUGAGCAAGUUCAAAUUAUAAAGGAUGACGCUGGGGCGUCACGUGGAUACGGUUUCAUUACUUUCGCUGAAGCUGAGUGUGCAAAACGUGCGCUUGACCAAUUGAAUGGAUUUGAGAUUGCUGGCAAACCAAUUAAGCUGAACACUGUUAGUUACGGAACUGAUAUGAAUGCAAUGCAAGGUUUGGCUAGUGGGCCUUCAUUCUUGGAUAAUGAUGCUGUUGAAAGGGCUGGCAUUGAUCUUGGUACAACAGGAAGGUUGCAGCUCAUGGCGAAACUUGCUGAAGGAACUGGCUUAGAAGUUCCGUCUGCUGCACAGCAAGCUUUGUAUCUUGGCCAAUCCAUGGGUCUCGGCCUUCCACAAAGUGCAGCAGGUACCACAGGUGCACCACCAAUUGCUACAACAUGCUUCCAGUUAUCUAAUAUGUUCGAUCCAUUGAAUGAAACUGGUUCCAGUUGGGAUAAGGAGAUACGUGACGACGUUAUUGAGGAAUGCCAACGUCAUGGAGCAGUUUAUCACGUUUUUGUGGACAAGCAAUCAAAGGGAAACGUUUAUGUGAAAUGUGAUUCUGUAUCUGCAGCAGCUAAUUCAGUUGCAGCUCUGCAUGGGAGAUAUUUUGCAGGGAAUAUGAUAACUGCCGCGUAUGUACCUGUAGUAAACUACCAUUCCCUAUUCCCUGAUGCUGCUUAUUCAACCACUCCAUUAAAACCUGGGCAGUAACUUUGCUUAUACAAAAAAACUACAAAUACGUUGUUAACAUGUUUUUAAAAGGUUCGGAAAUGCGUAAAAAAUUUUAAAUUGCGUGUGUUACUUAGGAUUGUACAUAAACCAUCUAAACACCAGAUAAUCAUCAAAUCUUAAUUAAUUUACUUACAUUUGGCUAAAGAAGUUUUCUCGUGUAUAUUUUCACACCAAUAUAUUAAGUUCACUGGCAAUUAAUGAGUGUUAUCUCAUUUUUCUUAAAUCUGUUCGUUUUUUGGUGAUUCUGUUUUCUUUUUUACUUUCUGCGAGAGAUGCCACAAUGUAAUAAAAUGUGUACAGAAGUAA